AUGCCGACCAAAUUUAGGAAGAACAUCUGGAUUAAGAGAGGCGAUUUCGUCAUAGUGGAACCAAUCGAGGAGGGCGAUCGUGUCAAGGCCGAAAUUGUGCGAGUGCUGACUAACGAUCAUAUUAAAUACUUUAAAAAAGAUGGCGUGUGGCCCGCGGACUUUAAUUCAAAAUGUGGGAAUGCGGAAGAAUUUGCAAGUGAAACUUGUGAAAAGGACGAUGGUAGCAGUUCGGACAGUGAAGGUACUUCUAAUACAAGUGAAAGCGAAGAUAGUAAAUAG